CUCCUCUAUUUAUAUUUUAUUACAAGUAAAAUAAGAAAAAGAGGAAGGUACAGCUGCCGGUGUAAAUAACGACACGAUCACCGAUCAACGUGCACAUCCAUCUUCUACCUACCACGCAACGCCACGUGACCAGUCGCGCAAUCUAACGGUCCUCAUAUCAGAUCCCCCUCGAUCCAAGGGAUGAGGAUCACAUAAACUAUGGGACAAAGUCGAGUUUUAUGUGAUAUAGUCGUGUUGUUUAUCCACUCUCGAAAGAACUAAGAAUUCAUAGAAGCUUAAAGAACAAGAUAAGAUCAUACGAUAUGGGGUUGGAAAUUAAUGCGGUCUACCUCUCUUAUGUAGUGCACGUUCUGGCGGUCGCCGGAGCGGUUAUGGUUCUGGUUUGGAACAUCCACUUCAGAGGCGGUUUAGCGUGGGAAUCAUCCAACAAGAAUCUCAUCUUCAAUGUCCAUCCUGUUCUGAUGCUUAUUGGUUUGGUUAUUAUGGGUGGUGAAGCCAUUGUAAGCUAUAAAGCUCUUCCCUUCAAGAAGGCUGAAAAGAAGCUUAUACAUCUUAUUCUACACGCCAUUGCCCUGAUUCUUGGUAUUGUCGGAAUCUACAUGGCAUUCAAAAACCACAACGAAAGUGGCCUUGCAAACCUUUACAGUUUACAUUCCUGGAUCGGUAUCGGGGUUAUUGUUCUUUAUGGCGUUCAGUGGAUUUACGGGUUUUUGGUGUUUUUCUACCCGGGUGGAACGGGUGAUCUUAGAAAGGAGUCGCUUCCAUGGCAUGUGUUGUUUGGGAUGUUUGUAUACAUCUUGGCUGUUGCAAAUUCAGCACUUGGAUUCCUUGAAAAGUUGACAUUCUUGGAGAGUUCAGGAAUUGACAAAUACGGUUCCGAGGCGUUUCUUGUUAAUUUCACUGCGAUUAUUGCGGUAUUAUACGGUACGUUUGUACUGCUGACUGCACUUUCGCGUGCUCCUGCUGAAGACCACCACAGCUAUUCUGCAAUAUAAAAUGUGUUUAUGUGACUGAAGUUAUUGCUAUACAUGCUUCCGUAUGAGGUCGUUUCUGUAUAUUGGGUACAUGAAGGUGUAUUAUGAUAUGUAUUUAUAGCCUUUUGUGUUGGGUGUAAUUACUUUGUCCCUUUAAUGGACAUGACUUAAUCGGAUUUAUAGAAAUAACAGAUGAAGUUUCUAAAAGAAAAUAUCCCAAUAAAGUUGUUUCUUACAAAGCCA